GUCGCAUAAAACGAAUGGACGGAGCUCGCUCCUUCCGGCCUCCAAUUCGCUAAACUUCGCCCUGGGUGCACAGGUCUGAAGCUCAGACCCCGGUAGCACCGUAGUUCCGUACAACCACCCCCUCGCUCGCUAUUAUCUCCUGCAAGAUAUCCGAAGCCGACAAGCUUCCUUCCACAGAUACGUGCAUUUGGAGCUUAUGGCUCCGUUUGGAUUAUGGGAAAUAUCGGAAGAGGAUAAAAGAAAACUAGUGGCAGAAUAGUUUAAACUGCUCCGUUUGCUUCUAGGGAAAAUGAUAUUCUUUAAUUACCAUUGGAGGUGACAGUGAGGCUACAUUUUAACUUUGGGGUUUCAGAGUUUUCUGUACUUCAGUGUUGAGAGGUGAAUAGGGAAUCGUUGAUAGUUAACUUGCCAAUAGAUGUAUUGCAAGUUAUGAGACAUAAUUUUCGGCAAAGUUCUCGGAAUCAGGUUUUCUUCAAAAGAAUAUUGGACUCAAGUGUGUAUUGUUUACUGGUAUAAUGCCAUCUGGUGUUUUCCCAAAUCUGAACAUUGCUUUCCCAUCCGGCAUCCGGAGAGCGAUAACUGCACAAAGAGGUGGGCUCCACAGUUCAAUUGAAUUGCAGCUUGGGUGGAGUAAAUUGUUGUCUGGAAAUACCGGCUUGUGCCUUUCCUCUCCAUUUUCAACUACAGUGCUUUCCUCAAGACUAGAUUGUUACUUUGUUAAUCAGAAAAGAGGCCUGGCAGUUGGGGUACCUGUUUCCCGAUCCCUUUCUCUGCACUCAAUGCCAAGUCCAUCUUCUCAGCUUUUUGAAUAUCAAAUUAAUAGCUUGAUAUCUGACAUCAGUCGAUUUUCAAAAAGCAAUCUGUAUCUUAAAAAAUCUAUGGCUGCUUCUGGUUCCAAGGCUGUCUCAGGAGAUAUUUACAUUGAUGAAAUAACUGCAACUGGGAAUCUCUCAAACUUUGCAAAACCUACUGGUGUGUUUUUCAAUGAUAGAAGUCUUAGCAGUUGUCGAAAAGCUAGCAUGAGUUUAAGAAAUCAAGAACCACCCAACCGUAGUCUGGUUUGUGGGUAUCUAAUAUUUGAUGUAAUGCGGAGGAAUUGCAUCUCUAAUCCACUUGAUGGACCAUGGUUUAAAAACUUCCAUACAUGGUCUUCUUCAUGUUACUCUGCUGGAGCUGCUCCAGAUGUAUCUUUUGGUGGAUCUUCGAGUGAUGAACAGCUUUCAAAGUCUGCAGCGUCAUCUGACCAAGCUAUUCUAGGUCACAGAACCUUGAAGCUAAUUUCAGGAUCAUGUUACCUGCCACACCCUGAUAAGGAAGAAACAGGUGGAGAAGAUGCUCAUUUUAUUUGCAUAGAUGAACAAGCUAUUGGUGUGGCAGAUGGUGUUGGUGGCUGGGCAGAGGUUGGUGUUGAUGCAGGAGAAUAUGCCCGAGAACUUAUGUCUAAUUCAGUAACUGCAAUUCAGGAAGAGCCAAAGGGUUCGAUUGACCCAUCUAGGGUGUUAGAGAAGGCCCACUCAAGCACAAAAGCGAAAGGAUCUUCAACAGCUUGCAUUGUAGCCCUCACAGACCAGCAGGGACUCCAAGCCAUUAAUCUAGGGGACAGUGGAUUUAUAGUGGUUCGAGAUGGAUGCACAAUUUUUCAAUCCCCUGUGCAGCAGCAUGGGUUCAAUUUCACAUAUCAACUGGAGAGCGGCAGGGCUGGUGAUCUACCCAGUUCUGGUCAGGUAUUCACAAUUCCGGUUGCGCCAGGAGAUGUCAUUGUUGCUGGCACAGAUGGAUUGUUUGACAACUUGUAUAACAGUGAAGUUACUGCUGUUGUUGUUCAUGCGGUGAGAGCUGGAUUGGGACCCCAAGUAACAGCUCAGAAGAUAGCAGCUUUGGCACGACAGCGAGCACAGGACAGGAUGCGGCAGACACCAUUCUCUACUGCUGCUCAAGAUGCCGGGUUCCGUUAUUAUGGGGGCAAGCUUGAUGACAUAACUGUAGUUGUGUCUUUUAUAACUAGCACAUCCAAUGGAUGAGUUUCAUCUCUCCUUUCACUGGAUCCGUGCUGGUGCAUCUUUUGCUUAAAAAUGCUACAUAUUGUAGUUGGUAGAGCUUCACAAGCUUGACUGGGCCAUGAGACCUCGUAAAGGUACUUGUUUUGAAGACGAUGCCUAGUUUUUCCCCAUAUCCUCUAAACUCUUGACCUUUUAAUGUUGUUGAGGUUCAUUUUAUUUCAUUUGGUUCUCAGCUGCGUUUUUUUGGAA